CCGGGCAGGCACAGUCGCUAGCCACAGCAUCCUCUGCAGUCUCAGGCAGGACACCGCCAACUCUCACAACCAACACCAUGAAGCUGAUCCUGGCAGUGCUGUCCCUGGCCGUGGUGUGCCGUGCCGCCCCCCAGCUGCCCUUCGUGCCACGACCCGUGGUCCCCGGUGCCUUCGUACCCAUCGUCAGCCAGAACUUCGACCUCAACGGAGUCGACGGCUCCUACACCUUCAGCUACGAGAGCGCUGACGGCAGCGCGCGGCAGGAGAGUGGAGUGGUCAACGCUCCUGGAACUCCCCUGGAAGCUCAGGCCGUCCAGGGUUCCUACACCUACGUUGGCACCGAUGGCGUCCCCGUGCAGGUGAACUACGUGGCUGACGAGAACGGCUUCCAGCCGGUGGGCAACGUGGUCGCUCCGGCCAUCAGCCGGGCGGUGGCCGCGCAGGUGGCGCAGGCGCGCGCCGAGGGCCCCAUCCUGCCUGGAGUGCCCACGCCCAUCCCCUUCCGCGGAAGGCCCUUCUGAGGACCUACGCCCUUCGCCAAACUGCACAGGACUCGCCCGCCGUGGCGCCCGGGAACCGAGGGACCUUCGCCCAGGAGCGGUCUGCAUCCUGACAAGUACCUCAACCACACCAGCCCUCGCUGUUGCGCCCAUCUCAGACUCUCCGAUUAACACUGGAGGCGAUCCAAGAAGUGCUCAACAGAGGUCUGGUUGCCUCUCACCCAUACUUGCCCCUUCCGUCCAAUUUAUCUCGCACUGCUAGCAAGACACCUUGCAGCGUUUGUGUUUCACCAUUCAUAUCUCUGACCAGUUUUUCGUACUGGUCACCCAUUUACCUCCCGUCUCCUCCUCAUUACGAGCUUCCUUCGUAAACGAGCCCGAAGUCGCACCUCCUUGGCGUGGGGAAUUACAGAUGCGAGUAUAGUGAUUUCACCAGUCCGAGUCCCGCGGCGUGAAGCAACAUCUGCACAAUUACAAAUCGCGGAUCGUUCGGAAUGACAGGCUAUCGCGCUUCUUCCGCUGCGUGGUAUGUAUAACUUAAUGCGAAUGACGCAAGACCGAAGGCAUCUCUGGCAUAUUUCAUCCCGGAUGUUCUCUGCAAGUGUCGACAGUCACGCAAUCUCAUUGCUGAACAGUUUCUGUCAAACUAACGAAAAGAACUUGCAUUCGCCGCGUUGCAGCGCACCAUCAUCCUCCUCAUAAUACUGCUCUAUUUUUACACAUUAGUCGCAUCUGUAACUCUGUAGAACUACUCGUCUUCGUUCCUAGAAGCGCUGGAGGUGCGGACUUGUGGCGACGAGGUAUGCGGACCGAAUCUUGGUGACAACUCAACCCUCUCGGUUCCCUACGCGACUUUGCUCCACCGUACAACUGACAUGGCUUUGAUUUGGAAAUGACUCGACGGUCACUGUGACGAUUUUGUAAUUUAAUGUAUUUAAAUAUAGUUUGUGUAUUAAUUGUAGAGCAAUAAAACUCCACAGUUAUUCAUAAAAAAACA